AUGCGCCGACAAGCACUCCUAAAUCAAGUGCAAAUUGAUCGCUCCCUCCGCCUCACCCAGCUUGACGGAAUUACGAACUACGAGACGAGGAUGGUUGCCGAGGUUGAACUCUACUGGAUCAUCUAUAACAAAUGCGGUAGCCACCCCGUCACGCUCUCUGAAACGAAGCUCGCUCUCCGAGACUGGCAGCAAGAAUGGGCGUCUUUGUUUGACGAACCUCGGUCUCAAUUCCUUCAAAUGGGAUUUCAUUUUGCCCAUCUCCUCGCCAACUAUCAGUCACUCAAGGCGCCAAAAUCAGUUAUACACUCCUCCAUCCUCCGAGAGAUGAUCCGACUUUCAGAAGCCAUUAUCAACCUCGCUAUUGACACGACCGACGAACGCACUAGACAUUUGACGGAUCACAUCUACCACAUCGUCACUUUCGCGGCAUUAACACUCUGCAAAAUUGUGCGGACUUACGAGCCGAAGUUAUCGGCGGGAGAUUACGAUGCUGCUCGUCUGGAUGACUUAGUGCUGAAGCUCAUCGACUGGCUCAGAUCAAUCGGGCUGCGAGGCCACGCCGCACAUCUGUUAGGAGACAUCGUUUCGGCCCAGUUCAGCAGACUUCGGCCCGAUUUUCAUGCCACCACUGCACCACUCACUACGAGCUAUCCCGUGGCAGGAGAUAAUAGUGUUGGUUUCUUUGUAGAUGGAGAACUAUCCUUACCGCCCGACCUCUCAUUUCAGCCCAGCCGCACCGGCGAGAAUCUUCUUGCACCCAUGGCUCCGCGCCACGUCGCGUCAUUCUCUCUGGAUGCCCCCGCCAUUCUCCGCCCGCCUUCCGAUCCCGACAGCACACCACCUGGGUAUUUGAGACGCAUGGCCUCGGAUACGUCAAUGGCUGGCGCUCAUGAUAAUGGGGGCUCAGUCGCUGAUAUGCUCAGGGACGAACGGUCGAAUGCCGCCAAGCAUGGCAAUAUCGAGCACGAAGUUAUCCGCACUGAUGCAGACUGCAUUGAAGUCCGUGGCCAGCCCCACGAGCCGGAUCCUACCUUCGACGUGAAUGGUGCCGGAGAUUAUUUGCUGCCCCCCAGAACACUGGCAAGUGAGGGCCCAACCGAUAGUGGUUUCGCAAGUCAAUGCCUCGAUGGAUUCUACACCUACUUCUUUCCGGGUCACCCUUUCGUUCUGCCGAAAGAGGCGUUACUACGAUAUGCGAUAACAAAUCCGGUGCCCGAGCUCAUUUCCGUCAUGGCUUUCAUCGGCUCGCUCUACAUCCAAGACGUGCGAUCGUCGAGACUCCAGGAAGAUGCGGAGAAGGUGCUAGAUAAAGACUUGCCGUCGACAGGGUUCAGUGUACAGGCUUUCUUACUUUUGGCGCUGUGUUUGGAGUGGAAGGGCGAUGGUGAUAUGGCGAGCAACGUACUUGAACGGGCAAAGUCCACUGCCCUCGAAUUAGGCAUGAACCGGCCCACCUUUGCCAUGGAGUGCGGGCACAGCGACUCUGUUUUGGAAGAGAGCUGGCGGAGAACUUGGUGGGAGUUAUAUGUCGUGGACGCACUCUUCGCAGGCAUUCGACAUUGGCCCACAUUCAGCCUUUUGAACCUGGGUAUGGAUGUCCCGCUGCCAGCCGAGGAAGAGUUUUAUAUCGCCGGGGGAGAUUUGCCCCGACCGCGCACUAUCCAAGAGUACGAUGACCGUUGCUUCGAAGAUGGCGAGGACCAGUCAUUUUCCUCCUUUACCUACAUGGUGGAUGCUGCCCGGAUACUGGGCGUUACCUUGGCAGCUGGUGAUAUUGCCGGCGGGUCGCCCGAGUCCCUCGCGAAAAAUGCGGAAGAGAACAUUAUGAGUUGGCAUCUGCAUUUGCCGCAGCACAAGCAUGAUCCGGUUCGCCCUGAUGGAACAAUCGACGAAAUACUAUUUCGUGCCCACCUCAUGAUAAACGUUGUAGCGAUCCACCUCCACCGACCUCGAUCCCAGCUGACCUACACCACUUUGGAGAUUCUCUGCUCCAAGCGAUUCAAGCUGCAGGAGCCUGCAUAG